AGCAGCGAGGACCUGCAGCUGGAUACAGACCAAGGAGCGCAGAGCUGGCUGGACGACACUCACAACAGAGUUUCACAGUCUCUUCCUCUCACCUGUCUGCUUUCACCUUCCUCAUUCUUCUCCCUCGCUGUCUCUGAAUCUCUCUCUCUCUCUCUCUCUCUCUCUCUCUCUCUCUCUCUCUCUCUCUCUCUCACUCUCUCUCAUCUUGACCUUUAACCUUAUGGGCCUGGUCUAAAGGUGCAGCGCAAAGUCUGGGGGACUGCCAGCAAGAUGCAAGUUCAGAUGACAUCCGUCGUGAUCCUGUUUUUGAUCUGUAACGGACGAUGCACAGGAGCUGAGCACCCUGCUCUAACGGAGCGAAGUCAUGCAACAGACGAUCAGAAGGGCUGCGCGCGUGAAUCACUCUGCAGCUCUUAUUCGUCAGCAGACGGCGAUCGGCGGACGGUGGCGAUGGAAGAGGAGACUCUGGCCAGGCUCCUCGCUUCCGAGGUAAAGCAGAGCAGACAUAGCGCCCCCUUGUGGCAGCUGCCUUUGCUGAACAUGUGCAGGAUGUUGGGGAGCGUCACUGAGCCUUGGCAGGACAGGACCGAUGAGGAGAUUCAGGCAGGAUUUGAGCAGAGGCUCGAUGCUGUCCUUACCCCAACACUGGAGCAGCUGUACGACCUCCAGACUCUCUGCAAAAUACUUCAUCCCAGAGAGUUUCAGGACGGUGAAGAAUACCUCCAAGUGGAUGAGGAGAGCGAGAAUCCACUGAAAAGAAAAUCUCCCUAUAUUCUGAAGAGGCAGCUGCACACCAACAAAGUCAGAAGGCCAUACAUUCUGAAACGAACUUCCUUCUACUGAUCGCCACACUCACCAAAAUAAAAGACACCCUGCGUUCUGGCUAAUAUGUGCUGCUUUACUCAGUAGUACCAUCUUAGUCAUUUGUUUUUCAUUUUGGUUUGAUUUAGUACUGUGUAACUCCCGUGGUGUGUCUGCUCUCCCUGUGUUUUGCUAAGCGAGAAAGACGUGUAAAAAUCAGCAAGGAGAUAUUGUAUGUUUCUUUUAAAGAUUAUUAUAUUCGCGCAAUGUAUAUGAUUUUUCUUUUGAUGCAAUGAAACGUCUUUCAACAAUUCACGACAUGCACAUCAUUACUUAGAUAAAUUAGACUAGUUUAAAUUAGACUAACUCCCUUGGAUGUGAAAUCAAAUAUUACUAAUGAACUGAAAACGUACUUGCCUGAUUUGUACUUCACUUAACACGUACGGAUGGAUUACUGCUUAUAAU